AUCACCUUCGGCCUUAUAACCAAUGCAAGGCUACCCACUCUAUCGGUAGUUACCACUCAGCCCACCGAGAUCUACCGUUUCACCCAACCAUGUGCACCCUAGAGAAGCGUGGCAACCUCUUCAUCCUAACCCUCACCGGCGACGACGAGCACCGCCUCAGCCCCACCCUAAUCGCCACCAUCCUAUCGACUCUCUCCCAGGUCAAAGCCCAAGUCACCCGAGGCUCCGUCCUAAUCACCAUCUCCCAAGGAAAAUUCUUCUCCAACGGCUUCGAUCUCGCCUGGGCCCAAGCCGCCGGAUCCAAGGAAGGUGCCGCCGAACGCCUACACCACAUGGUCGAAUCCUUCAAACCGAUUGUCGGCGAGUUCCUCUCCCUCCCGAUGCCCACCAUCGCCGCCGUGACAGGCCACGCCGCUGCAGCCGGGCUGCUGCUCGCCCUCAGCCACGACUACGUCUUCAUGAGGCGCGACAAAGGCGUGCUUUACAUGAGCGAAAUCGAUAUCGGUCUCACCCUCCCGGACUAUUUCACCGCCCUGAUAACAGCCAAGAUCAGCUCAGCUUCGGCCCGGCGAGAAUUGUUGAUGUGCGGGAGGAAGAUAAGAGGGGAUGAAGCCGUGAAGAUGGGGAUUGUGGAGGCGGCGCAUGAUAACGAAGAUGAGGUGAGGAAGGCCAGCGUGCGCCUGGGAGAGGAGUUGACCAAAAGGAAGUGGAAAGGGGAAGUAUAUGCUGAGAUCAGGAAAGGACUGUAUCCGGAGGUUUGUGACCUGCUGGGAUUGGAAAGGAAAGCCAUUGCAACCGCAAGUCUUUGAUAUUACAUUAUUUGGCACAAAAAAGAAUGUUCUUGGUUUGCUUUGGAUAUAAACUACUUAGUGCUAUUGUUGUUGGAAUAAUGCAUAAAUCACAAGUGUUAAACCCCAAUCAAUUUAGGGUCUUAUGAAACGAUAAUUAUGUCACAGUAUAAGUAUAAAAAAAAAAGUUGCUGUCAAUUACUUAAAUAGUUUAGUAAUCUCUUUUCAUUGAAUUAAGAGAUUAUGAGUUUGAAUUGCAUGAGGUGGAAUAAAGGAUGAGAAAUGGU